AUGGCUUCAUCCGGUCCAUCCAACCGCAACACAAGCCGAGUUUCCGCAUCCGAAGACGAUGCAAGCGCUGUGCACACACAACCCGAUCCCACCGAACUCGAUCUGGCGGAAUCCCCACCCGCCGAUGACGGCCCACCCGAACCACCGCAAUCAGCCAGGUCAAGAGCACGAUCGUCCCAAGCAUGCGUCAUGUGUCAGCAGAAAAAGAUCCGAUGCACGGGUACCCAGCCGUGUGAAAACUGCCAACGCCGUCGCUGGUCGUGCAGAUUCAAUGCCGACGGCGACGGGAGGAGGAAGACCACCAACCACCGCAUUGUCCAAGAACUCAACGACGCCAAAGAGCAGGUGAGCCGGCACCGACAAAUGAUCUCGGGCAUCUUCGCCAUCGUCAGAGUGGGCGAGCCCGAAAUCAUCAGAGAGUUCUUUGACGAAGUACGACAGACGGAAAAAGUCAACGACGUAGCCAACUUUGUUCGCGCCAAGGUAGACGACGAUGAAAGACUUCGAGAGGCUUUCCAGAGGGUUGAUUGGGGACCUGACGCACAGUUGUGA